AAAGGCCACUCCGCAAGUCCGCGCUCCACAGUCCGCACAGUCAGCACAGUUCGUAGUGUUCGUAUACACCGAUAAUGUUGAUAUUCACGGUUUUCGUGGUCGAGCGUUAAUUUUAACGCGGACGUGUCUAAUCGCGUGCGGGCGCGGCACGAUGUCACAGUGAAGAGCGGCACCGGUCAUAUUUUCAGGACCUCGGGGAGAACUCGUUCGGGAAAGGCGGACGUGCAUGCAUGAGUGCGAGCGUGCGUGCAUGCAUGCGUACGUGCGUGCGCGUUCGUUCGUGCGGGCGUGCGUACGUGCGAAUCUCCUCUCCCCUACGCAUCGCCGUCGCAUCCUCGUCGCGUCGGGUCGCGUCGCGUCGUACCUCGUACUCGUACGUCGUACGGCGGCGGACGCGCGGUAGAGAGGACGGAUUGUAGGUUAUGAAAAAAUCGCGCAAACACUGGACGAGCGUGAGUAACAUAUCGACAGUGUGCCUGUUGAAGACGAGGCGUAAUCGCGCGACCAGUCUCGGGGACGACAGUCUGUUGAGCUUAAACAUGAAGGAGCAGGACAUACCCGAGUACCUGGAGGGCUGCGGGCUGUCGGCCUGCACGGCCAGCAGCGACAUAUCCGAGGACGUGGAGUUUCAGAUGAUGCGCGAGAGCAAGGAGAAGAAGUUCUUCACCGCGUCGUCCCUCGGCAGCAGCAGCAGCAGCCUGGUCGACUCGAAGAAGAUCGUCAUGGUCAAGCAUCCGGACUCGAACAAGCCGAAACCCACCACCAAGAGGGGCAAGCCGAUCCGGGCGGAGCUGGACGUGACCAAGGAGUUUGUUCGCUGCCGGGAGGAGUGCGUGAAGCGGCUGGACCUGAGCAAGGCCAGCAUCACGAAUCUGCCGAGUUCCGUGAAGGAGCUCAAGCACCUGCGGGAGUUCUAUCUCUACGGCAACAAGCUGGUGACCCUGCCGCCCGAGAUCGGCUACCUGGCGAAUCUGGAGACGCUGGCGCUGAACGAGAACUCGCUCACCAGUCUGCCCAACACCCUGGAGAACCUGACGUCGCUGCGCGUGCUGGAUCUCAGGCACAACAAGCUCAACGAGAUUCCGGACGUGGUGUACAAGCUCACGUCGCUCACCACGCUCUUCCUGCGCUUCAACCGCGUCAGGUACGUCAGCGACAACAUACGCAACCUGACGAAUCUCACCAUGCUGAGCUUUCGGGAGAACAAGAUCAAGGAACUGCCCACGGGGAUAGGGGAGCUGGUCAAUCUCAUCACCUUUGACGUAUCGCACAACCACUUGGAGCAUCUGCCUGUGGAAAUUGGCAAAUGCGUGCAGUUGUCCACCUUGGACGUGCAGCACAAUGAGCUCCUCGACCUGCCGGACUCGAUCGGCAAUCUGGUGUCGCUGACGAGACUGGGUAUCCGAUACAAUAGAUUGUCGAAUAUCCCGAAAUCGUUGGCGAACUGUAAGAUGAUGGACGAGUUCAGCGUCGAGGGCAAUCAGGUGUCGCAUCUGCCGGACGGUUUGCUGGCGAGUCUGUCGGGUCUCACGACGAUCACCCUGUCCAGGAACAACUUCACCUCAUAUCCAGCGGGUGGCCCGGCUCAGUUCGCGAAUGCCUAUUCCAUCAACGUCGAGCACAAUCAGAUCGACAAGAUACCCUAUGGCAUUUUCUCGCGGUCCAAGCACCUCACGAAGCUGAACAUGAAGGAGAAUCAGCUCAACGCCCUGCCGCUGGACAUCGGUUCGUGGGUGACCAUGGUCGAGUUGAACCUUGGCACAAAUCAGCUGCUGAAGCUCCCGGAUGACAUACAGUGCCUGCAGAGUCUGGAGAUACUGAUACUCUCCAACAAUCAGCUGAGACGUAUCCCGACCACCAUAGUGAAUCUGCACAAGCUGCGGGUGCUCGACCUGGAGGAGAACCGCAUCGACAUGCUGCCGAAUGAGAUUGGCCUGAUGACUGAGUUGCAGAAGCUGAUCCUCCAGUCGAAUCAGAUUACCGUGUUGCCGCGCACAAUCGGACACCUGAAGAACCUCACGUAUCUCAGCGUGGGUGAGAACAAUCUGAGUUACGUGCCGGAGGAGGUCGGCACCCUGGAGAAUCUUGAUGCGCUCUACCUCAACGACAACCCGGGCCUGCACAAUCUGCCGUUCGAGCUGGCGUUGUGCAAGAAUCUCAAUAUUAUGGAUAUUGACAACUGUCCGUUGUCACACAUACCAGCGGAGAUAUUAGCCGGUGGCCCGUCAUUGGUGAUUCAAUUUUUGAAGAUGCAGGGGCCCUAUCGACCGUAAUUAUUUUAUUAAGGUUGUUGUGUUUUACAUGUGGUGCAGAGUCACGUGGAUGUCGAUUCUUAAUCAUGAAAGGCAGAGAAGGGGAGGGAGAGAGAGAAUUAAGAAGAAAUUGUUCAAUGACAUACGAGAGAAAUGUAUUUAUAAUAAUCGACCAUAUACGUAUGUCGAUUUAAAUUCUCAUUCUAAUGAUCUCAUUUUAAAUAUAUAACGAAGUAAUGAAAAUAAACGCUACCACAUUAUAUUGUAUACAACGAAUCACACAGAUUAUUUUGUUUCAAUAUUGUAAGGAAAAAUAUUAAAAUAUCUCAGACUGCAGGAAAAAUGAAGUAACGUGUAAUGUAAAGAUAACACGACAGAUAACAAUUUUAUUAAAUCAUGUAAAUUAUGAAAGAUAUAAACCGUAUUAUAUAUUUUAUAUUUGCACUUUUAGUUCACGUUUUAUAUUUUAUCAAAACAUAUGAUUCGAUGUUGAUGAGAACGAAACUUAUACAGUAUUGCUAAAAAAAUACUGUAUAAAAGUAUGUUUUUACACAGUGCAAUAAAUCGUUUUUUUUUCUUGAUAUACAUGAAACGUAACAGUUCCACUUGAUAUAUUAAUGUCUUAAGUUUGUUUACUAAAAAUAUUUAUUUUACAUUUGUUACAAACAUAUUAUGCAUAUUGUAUUUUUAU